AUGCAAGGCUACUCAUUUGCACCUCCGUCGGGCCCGCCCCGGGAGGGCCAGAAAAAUUAUGUAUUUGUCGAUGAGCAUAAUCGACACAAGAGGUUGAAAGUGAUGCGGGCGUGCAAUGGCUGCCGGAAAAGAAAGAUCAAAUGUGAUGCGGCCACCACAAAUACGUGGCCUUGCUCGGCAUGCACUCGGCUCAAGCUAGUCUGUGUUCCCCCAACCAUCGGCCAGGACGGGGACUUUCUCCCGGAAGGAAUGGAUCCCACGCAAGAGACCGGUUCCUCCACUGCAUCCGAAUCCUCGCAUCAUGCCUUCCCGGUGCCUCCCGCUUAUAGGGACCCCAACCAAGCCACGAUGGGAAGUAUGCCAUCCUACGACGGGAUGGGAGGCAUGUAUUCCCAAUUUGUUCACGCGCCGCCGACCCAGCCAGGAAUGUAUAACGACAUGCGAUCCCCCUCCAUGGUCAUGCCACACCAGUCAUAUCAACAACAACCCUCAGUGUUUCCGGGGGCCAACCGCCACCUUUGGCCACGCCCGAUCGGGGAGUCACCAUAUAUCCGGAGGCAAAGAACAGAUCGUGUUGAACCGGAUGCCCCGGUCCAGGAUGAACUGGAAGAAAGGCUACCCCCUCUCAGUACGGGAGCAGGCGCCACCAUUCGCAUCCCUCCCGAACUCAUGCCCGACGAGGAAGACGUCAUGAAUUACUUUAAAGUCUAUUUCGAUGAAAUUCACCCUUACGUUCCCGUGAUCCCCCGCGCCCACCUAUACUACCAAUGGCAAAAUGACCGCCGCUCGAUAUCUCCACUACUCCUCGAGGCCCUCUUCGCAUGCGCGGGGCGAUUAUCCGAAGAGCCUUCGGAGGGAGCUCAAUGGCUUUCCAUGGCGAACAGACACGAGUCCAGCUUCAUGGAUGUCCCGCGGUUGAGCACUAUCCAAGCCUUGCUUCUCCUACUGAAGGCGAGGGAGUCGUUGCCCAAGAAAGGUUACUACUAUCGGUCCUGGCAGACCGUCAAAACUAUUGUCUCCAUGGCCAAGGAUCUAGAUAUCAAUGAACAUUAUAAUGGCCACGCCGAAGGAAGAGCCUGUGAUUUGAGCCCAAUUGAAUGCUUGGUGAGCACUCGGGUAUGGCAAGUGCUUUUAGUGGUUGAGGUGAUGAUUGGAGCACCCCAGGGCCGUUCCGACUAUGGUGUUGACCCCGAGACCGUGGAUAUGCGCCCAACCCUGGAUAUCAGGGGUCUGGACCACUACGAGACGGAACGCUCAAGACAAUAUGCCUACUUUGUCCGUAACGCGCACCACAUCCGUAUCAUCACGGACAUCUAUCACAAAAUCAAAAAGCAGAAAGACUGGGGAGCGGACCCUCGAUUCGCACAGAAGAACCCCUUGUUCGCAGAUUGGCUUCGUAACCUACCUACAGACUUACAGGUGAAUUAUCCAGCCGAUGGUGCCCCGCCAUGGAUUCCAUCUCAUUUCGUCGGAAACAUGCAUUGCCACUGUCAUUUGGCUAUCAUCUUGCUGCACCGUCCUCAACUUGUGGCCUCUCAAUCCUUUGCGGCGGAUGGAGAGUGGAGAGUCCACUUCUCUCUGUGCUAUACCUCGGCGAAGAAUAUCUGUCGGUUGCAGGAAGCCAUUCUCGAGAGAUUUGGACUGUCUGGUCUGCUUUACAUGCAGCGGGGGAUCAAUUUCGCCAUUUAUUGCAUUCUCACCUGCACUAUGCUCCAUCUCGUUGCCAUUACUUCCCCGGAUACAGAAUUCAACUCCGAUGCCCGGGAAUAUUUCACACGCCACAUGCGCAUCUUGGAAAGGUGCUCCGCAGCCUGGCCUAUGCCGGAGAUUCAGGCACAAAUCGACUCUCUGCGGCUGGCCUUUUCCGCGGACACCCAUCGCCCCUUUGAGCUGAAACCGAGUUUCCCCUACGGCAGUCCCUCGGAACCGUAUCAGCCCAGUCCCCCCAUGGAUGCGCAUUAUCAUCCGCACCUGAGCCAAAUGUCAAGCAAUGUCCAAUCCAGAGUGGGUUUUAACGCGCAUCCAAUCACUCCUCCGAUUUCCGUUGGUGCUGAAUCAGACACGAAGUCGGACACGUCUUCCCAGUUACAAUCCCUUGGAAUGGUUCCCCAUCAACCGCCUACCACCCACCCGCUCGACACUCCAUUAGUUGAUGAAAGCAGCUGGGAUCCGACCCGUAUUAUCCACCAAUGGGACAUGGCCUUUUCUGUCAAUCCCUCCACCGUCAGCACAAAUUCCCCUCCAAUGCCCAUGAGCAAUCCAGCCCAACCCAUAUCGAAUAUGGUGAAUCACCAGUACCCGAUGCAGUACGAGUCGCCUUCCAAGGUGGCUGUCCCACAGACCCAAUCUGUCUCGCCACCACAGUUCCAGACCGCCCCUGUCGUAUUUAGUGCCCGAGACUGGCAACAGAGUGUUGCGAGCGUGUAUGAUCCACAGGGUUUGAAGCGACGCUGGAAUUAUUCCGUCGAUCUCGGUUCCGACAAUAUGACCAAACGGCAACGAGGAUAA